AUGUCCAGGUGUCCGGAAGAGAUAAGAGAUCUCUUGCGAUCAAUCAUAAGUCAUCCUCCCGACUACCGCCGCAAUCCCCAACCGGGUACCCUCUGGAUCCUUCUUAUUGAUAGGCGCCGACCAGAAGGCUGUCACGUGGCGUGCCUAUUGAGCGAAAGGGCAGUCUUGGACUCGACAGGGCACGAUACACCAUAUAUCAUAUUCUUUCAUGACGAGUCUCAGCACCCUUGUCACUGCGCCGAGUUCGCUCUACCCGAGAGUCAAGACGAAGCCUUUGUCCGGGUCAACCAGUUUGCCAUCAAAGCCUCCCACGAACUGAGCCGUCAAUGGCCGGAUGCCGGAUACGAUGCCGCGAAGCAUUAUCAGAUGCUGUGGUUUCAGGUUCUGCACUGGGCGGUUGACAAGGUUGGCCGCCCUCGCCGGCCUGAUGAAAUGUUUCCCGAUUUUCGACCAGAGCUUGCGCGCGACUGCAGCGAGGUCAUGUUCCUUUCUCUUUGCCAAGACUUUGAUAGAUCUGCAGAACCAAAAGACAAGUCUGCCUGGGAAUCAAGUCUGUAUUUCUGGGCCGGUCUUGCAAACGACCAAGUACGGGAACUUUGGCAGAGAGCUUGGAUGUUGAAGAUUCGCGCGCAGGAAAUCAAGUACAGGCAGUGGGCCGAAUCAACAAGAGAGAAACUUGGCCAGGAGAAUUCUGACAAAGACAAGGCCGACGAUGUAGACGCAACUCUAGAUCAUGGAGGAAACCAUGAGCCAGCUAUGGACGACAAGGGGGAGCCCAAUUUAGAAACGAUUGAGAGCCUUUUCCGAAAGAAUUCAAAUGCACGACGCCUUGGUCAUACGCUGAAGAGAAAUAUGAAGAUGACUGCGGACUAUACAACAAAGCCAGUGGGGUUCAAGAAGGUGCCUCAACAGCUUCGAAACCUAGGCAACUAUAUAAUGAGAAAUAUAUACCCUUACAGGGAAUAUAUGACUGCUGAACACCUAGAUCGAAAGAAGAAGGAGAAGUCUACUAUAGACAACAUAAUCGACCGAUUUCUGGAAAAUGGCACGAUAUAG